AUGACAGCUAGCUGUCAGAAAGUGAGUUCAUUCCCCUCUGAGCCGAGGAGAUCGAGAGUUGUCGAUAGGUUUUUGCCCUUCCGUUGGUAUCUAUAUCCACGAAUCUGCAAGACAGACCUUUCCACCGAGCCCGGCCAUGGACGAACAGGCGGGGCCCGGCGUGUUCUUCAAUAAUAAUAACAACACUGUUUUGCCCGGCGGUGGGAAAGGACCGUUGCCUGAUGGCGACGCUGGGGAGGCGGCUAGGGCGCAUUAUAGUAUCCCGGGGAUCUUGCACUUCCUGCAGCACGAAUGGGCCCGUUUCGAAGUAGAGAGAGCACAAUGGGAGGUGGAGCGGGCCGAAUUGCAGGCACAAAUUGCCUUCCUGCAGGGGGAGAGGAAGGGUCAGGAGAACUUGAAGAAAGACCUUGUGAGGAGGAUCAAAAUGCUGGAGUAUGCUCUGAAGCAAGAAAGAGCAAAGUACCACAAGUUAAAAUAUGGGACGGAGCUAAAUCAAGGUGACAUGAAGCCUCCAAGCUAUGAUUCAGAUGAGGUCAAUGAGAACGAGACGUCUGCAUCGCUUAACAAUCAGCUGUCCUGGAAACAAGGCCGUCAGCUCCUCAGACAGUACCUGCAGGAGGUGGGCUACACAGACACCAUCUUAGAUGUGAAGUCCCAGAGGGUCCGAGCGCUGCUGGGAUUAGCUGGGGAUGGAGCUGGGAGGACAGGUGAACGGAUCAGUACCGAGCCUUUGGUCAAUGGGACAGAUGCAACAACAAAAGCCAUGGGCACCAGAGGGAAGACUGAGCUCUCUGACACUAGUGCUGUACUGGAGGCCUUCAAGUUCAUUGAAAAUGCAGCAGCUGAGUUCAGUGAUGAAGAUGAGGAAGAGGACAGUGAGGGGAAGGACAGGACUAUUGUGGAAUCCAGGACGAUCAUGAGGAGGAAGACCCCAUCAUCACCGGCCAGUAUGGACACCAGCGAGGACCCUGAUGCAGAGGAGGCACUGAAGGGCUUUGACUUCCUGUCCAGCCCCGAUGAGAUGGACACCUCACCAGAGUCCAGAGGUCCCGGGGACGGCACAGACUGGGAGAAGGACGAGCAAGGUCCCAUUUCUGAGGCCUGGGAUGUGGACCCGGGCCUGAUAACCAAGCUCAAGGAGCAGUACAGAAAGGAGCGCAAGGGGAAAAAGGGGGUGAAGAGGCCAAACCGGUCCAAGCUGCAGGACAUGCUGGCGAACCUGAGAGAUGCAGAGGACUUGUCCCACAUGCAGCCUCCAUCUGCCCCCCAGUCCCGCCCCAACAUGGUCCGGUUCAACGAACAUGAUGGGACCCGAACAGAUGAAGUUGACGCACUGACCUUCCCGCCCACCUCUGGGAAGUCGUUCAUUAUGUGCACAGAUGAAGCUAUGGAGAGCGAGCUGGGCCUGGGGGAGCUGGCUGGACUCACCGUGGCCAACGAGGCCGACAGCCUGGCAUACGAUAUUGGCAACAAUAAGGAUGCCAUGAGAAAGACAUGGAACCCCAAAUUCACUCUGCGAAGCCAUUUUGAUGGUAUUCAUGCUCUGGCCUUCCACCCUGUGGAGCCAGUUCUGAUCACCGCUUCAGAGGACCACACACUCAAAAUGUGGAACCUGCAAAAGACCGCUCCUGCUAAGAAGAGUACAUCUUUAGAUGUGGAACCGAUCUACACUUUCAGGGCCCACAGAGGGGCUGUACUGAGUGUGGUGAUGAGCAGUACAGGGGAGCAGUGUUUCAGCGGAGGGGUCGACGGGACUAUACAGUGCUGGAACACCCCCAAUCCCAACAUCGACCCCUACGACUCCUAUGACCCAUCAGUGUUGCGUGGCGUGUUGAAUGGACACACUGACUCUGUGUGGGGUUUGGUGUACAGCAGUGCACACCAGCGCCUCCUCUCCUGCUCUGCAGAUGGGACUGUGAGACUCUGGGACGCCAACACCACCUCCCCCUCACUCGCAGUAUUCAACGAAAACAAAAAGCUCGGAGUCCCCUCCUCUGUAGACCUGGUGUGCAGCGAACCAGCCCACCUGGUCACAUCCUUCACAAAUGGACAGAUUGGCCUCUUUAACAUGGAGACCCGCCAGCUAGUCCUCAGUCUGGAGUCUGGUUUGGAGCCUGGCACUCCCUGUCAGAUCAAUAAGGUCCUCAGCCACCCGACUCUUCCCAUCACCAUCACUGCGCAGGAGGACAGACACAUCAAGUUCUUUGACAACAACAGCGGGAAGUUGAUUCACUCCAUGGUGGCUCACCUGGAUGCUGUCACCAGCUUAGCUGUAGAUCCUAAUGGACUUUAUCUCAUGUCUGGCAGUCAUGACUGCUCUAUCCGUCUGUGGAACCUGGAGAGUAAAACCUGCAUUCAGGAGUUCACAGCUCACAGAAAGAAGUUUGAGGAGUCGAUCUACGAUGUGGCAUUUCAUCCGUCUAAAUGCUACAUCGCCAGCGCCGGGGCAGACGCUCUCGCAAAGGUGUUUGUAUGAUGCGAAGCUGCGUGCCUCCCUGCAGCCUCCCAUCAUCAGGGACCAACAGAGACACAGCAGGGGAAGGACCUUCAGGUAUGGGUCCAGUCCCACCUCACACAGCCCACUGGUUUCCUGUGGGACUGGCAGACUAUGUAGCCACUAGCCUCAAUCGGGCCAUGACUCUCAAUAGAAAGGGUUGGCAAGAGAGGCCAGUUAGGAGGAGAGCUGCUCUCUCUAGUAGUCCCCCAGUGACCAUCCAGGCAGGCCUGGGUGUGACCGGCCAUAGCGCCCCCACAGACAGACUAAAACUUAUCCUCCACAGCUAGGAGGCUCAGGACAAGUGUUAGGAGUGUUGAGUGGAGAAAGGAGGUUUCAGGCCGGUCUUCUGUCCCUCUGACUUCACCCCAAAUCCCUCAGGCCCUCAACCUUCCCCCUCAGACAAACUGGGUCCAUGGCCCUUCACUCCAGGUUUUGUUGUGUUGUUCCAGAAACGUUGGGUAGACUGAAGGCUUGCUGGAGCUGCUGUGGAAGCAUCUUACUUCUCCUUCUCUGCUUCCCAGACUUGACUCUGCUUGCUGGCCUGCCUUUAUUUUCUUUUUUUAAAACAUGUAUUGACAAAUGUGCCUUUGCUUUAAAAAGGUCUUGAAAAUGUUAUUUUAACAAGCUUGUUUU